CCUUCACGUUACGCGUCCCGAGUGAUUAGUGUUCACGAAAUCACCGCUUACGUGCGGGGUGCUGUGCUAGUGGAUUAAGAUAUUGUGUAUCGUGAGCCUGUGCUUUAGAAUCCUUUCUACGAUCAUAUCGAGAUAACUGCCAAUAUUUUGAUUUCAUAUAACUUUUUUGGUGUCACAGUUUUGGAUUAUUAAAACUAGCGUUUGUAAGAAUGUGAAUUACAUUCUGCAGAGGAGGGCUACGGUAUCAUCGAAAAUUAGAACCGCACAACAUGCGGUGGCGUCAGCGCGCGGUGGCGUGCACGUGAUCAGCUCUGGCAGAAUGGCGGCUCACGUUGCGCUAUUCCUUCUCCUCUGCCUCGUCCACUGCCACACCAAGACCGUGCUGCAGGACAAACUUGCGGGUGUGCGCACAGUGGACGUGCAGGCAGUGGAGGGGAUGGUCGCGCAGUUCCCCUGCGAUCUGGGCACGGCCGCCAACGACAAAGUAUACAUGGUGUUCUGGUUUAGAGACGAUGCCGGCAUCCCGUUAUACAGCUUCGACGUGCGAGGCAAGCACCUAUCUGAGGCCAGGCAUUGGUCUGCACCAGAAGUGUUUGGCCCACGAGCUCACUUCUCCACCUCACCACCUCCAGCGUCGUUGCUUGUACGAGACGUCAAGAGAAGAGAUGAAGGCGUCUACCGCUGCCGGGUUGACUUUCGCAACACCCAGACCACCAGUUUCAGAUACAAUCUCACGGUUGUGGUGCCACCGGAGAAACCGGUGGUGGUGGACCGAUGGGGCCGCGUCAUAAACACCACAACGCUAGGACCCCAUGAAGAGGGAGAUGACGUGCUGCUCACUUGCCGUGUACUUGGAGGUCGCCCCGAACCAUCCGUAAGGUGGCUUGUAAAUGGAGUGCUCGUAGACGAAGAAUACGAACACAAUACGGGAGAUGUAAUAGAAAAUAGACUACUUUGGCCGGCGAUACGACGCGCGGACUACGCCGCGGUGUUCACGUGUCAAGCGGCCAACUCACAUCUAGUGCCGCCGAAAGAAGUGUCACUAGUGCUGGAUAUGUUCUUACGACCACUGACGGUGGAGAUCAAAAAGCCGUCUGAAACGGGAGAGGGCGGUGUGCUCACAGCAGAACGGAGGUACGAAGUGGCCUGCGAGUCAGCCGGCAGUCGCCCUCCUGCUGCCAUUUCAUGGUACAAAGGCAAACGACAACUUAAAAGAAUAACGGAGGAGCUCCGUGACAACCUGACCGUGAGCGUCAUGAGCUUCGUACCAACAUUAGACGACGAUGGAAAGCCGAUCACUUGUCGCGCCGAAAAUCCAAACGUAACCUCGCUGUACCUUGAAACGUCGUGGACCAUUAACGUUGUUUAUCCACCAGUAGUGAAAUUGAGGCUUGGCAGUUCACUGGCAGCCGGGGACAUCAAAGAGGGCGAUGACGUUUAUUUCGAGUGCCACGUCCGAGCAAAUCCUCCUGCGAGAAAACUCUCGUGGCUCCAUGAUGACCGACCACUGGCACACAACGCGACGGCGCGCGUCUUCCACAGCAACCAGAGCUUAGUGCUGCAGAAGGUGACACGGCACAGUAGCGGCCGCUACGCCUGCUCAGCUCUCAACGCAGAAGGCGAGACCGUCUCCAACGAGCUACAUUUUCGCGUCAAAUAUGCACCAUCUUGUCGCAGUGGUGGCGUGUCUGUGGUGGGCGCUGCACGCGGCGAGUCGGUGGUCAUCGUAUGCGAAGUGGACGCAGAUCCUCCCGCGGCAGUCUUCAAAUGGAAGUUUAACAACUCAGGCGAAACGCUCGACGUCGCAGCAGACAGAUACACGUCUAAUGGCAGUGCUUCCAGUCUAAAAUAUACGCCAGUGGCGGACUUGGACUACGGCACGCUGUCGUGUGCAGCCUCUAACGAAGUCGGCUCCCAGCUAGCACCCUGCGUCUUUCAAAUGGUCGCUGCCGGAAAACCACAUGCGCCAAGAAAUUGCACGUUAUGGAAUCAAACAUCAGAUUCAGUGGAAGUGUCAUGUGUGGCGGGGUUCGACGGUGGCCUGCCGCAGCACUUUCUACUCGAAGUUUACUCUGGAGAUGACAACAAGCCCAGGGUCAACCUGACGUCAGAGGACCCGAUAUGGACGGUGCGCGGACUGGAGUGGGAGGUGCGCUUCCGACUGGUCGCAGUCGCCGUCAACAGUAAAGGUCGCUCGUCGGCCGCCAGACUCGACGAUCUGCUCUUCCCUGAUCCUGAAAAAAGAACAGCGUCAGAAAGUGCAAUCGGCGCGGGUGCAGCGGGUGCCGCUGGAGCAACGAUAGCCGGCGCGGGAGCUGCGCUGGCGCUGGCGGGCGCGGCGUGGCGCGCGGCGAGGCGGAGACGCAAACCCCGCAAGCCACCUGCUCCGCAAACCGAGAAGACCGCUGAUCACGAUGACGCUGAACCUGAUCUCAUACCAAAUAAUUACUGCGAAACUUCAAGUGCACCGUGCCUAGCGGUGUCUUCGCCGGGACGGACGGCUCCCGCGCCACUCACUACACCGGCGUGUAACGGUCCAGGCGCGUCGUGGACCUGGGGCGCUCGCAGCACGACGCCGGCGACGGCGCUCGGCCGGAGCGCGUCCGCGUCGCUGCGACCCGCGCAGGAUCUCAACGUAGACGCCAUCAAGGAGAAGCUACUCGACAACCGAAUCCCAGAGUCUUGCGUUUAGUUGAAUGCUAGUGUAUCGUCUCGUCCCCCAUCAGCCGCGCUACAAAAAGUGAUUUAAAAAAAGAGUUAUUCCAAUAAUACUGAUUAAUCUAUUUUUUGUUUAGUAAUUUGAAAUGAAACAAAUAUUUCUCUGUUUGUAUAAUAGAUGACUCUACAUUUUCCACUGCACAUUUAACUUCGUGAUUUAAAUUUGC